CCGGCCCGAGGCCCCGCCCGCCUCGCCCCCAGCGCAGCCUUCUCUUGCGUGCAGCAGCCCCGCACCGCAGGCAGCCGUAGCCGCCGCCGCCCCGGGACCCGGCGAAAUGGCUUCUGGAGUAACAGUGAAUGAUGAAGUCAUAAAGGUUUUUAAUGACAUGAAAGUAAGGAAAUCUUCAACCCCUGAAGAGAUUAAAAAAAGAAAGAAAGCUGUUCUGUUCUGCUUAAGCGAUGACAAGAAACAGAUAAUUGUAGAGGAAUCAAAGCAGAUACUUGUUGGUGACAUUGGAGAUACUGUGGAGGACCCCUAUACAGCCUUUGUGAAGUUGCUACCUUUGAAUGACUGCAGAUACGCUUUGUAUGAUGCCACAUAUGAGACAAAGGAAUCUAAGAAAGAAGACCUGGUAUUUAUAUUCUGGGCUCCUGAAAGUGCACCUUUAAAAAGCAAGAUGAUCUACGCAAGCUCUAAAGAUGCCAUUAAGAAGAAAUUUACAGGUAUUAAACACGAGUGGCAAGUAAAUGGUUUGGAUGAUAUUAAGGACCGUUCAACACUUGGAGAGAAAUUGGGAGGCAACGUGGUAGUUUCACUUGAAGGAAAACCCUUAUAAAAAGACAGACAAGUGCCAUCUGGAUCUAAGGAGCUUCCAUUUCUGCAGCUCGUUCAAUUGGAAUAGUAUUAGUCUCCCCAUCCCCUCCCCUCCUGAAAAAAAAAAAAGUCCCUUCCCUAAAGCCCCUGAAGGAGAUGUGAUUGUUAAGCAGUCUACCAGUGAUUGCCAUUAGACUGUUUAAUCCUGGUAGUUUUUUGUAGGAUCCAAGGAAUGCUUUCACGUCAUACUCUUAGCCAAAAGUGACAUGGCAGGCAUUCCUUGCAACGUGUACAAUGAAUGUGAUAGUUAAUGUGAAUAGUCUAGCAGACAGCAAAGGGUAAGCUAAUUGAAUGCCUUGAAAGUAUUGUCGGAUGGUAGACUCUAUACAGUAUUACUUACAGUUGCACUUGAUUGCAGUUCCAUGAGGCUCUUGUGCAUUCAUACACCUCACCUGCCUUGACAAGCCUAUUUUUUGUGACAUGGCAGCACACAACACUAUGCAUUUAAAGCACUUUUUUGUAAAAUGUUUGACCCGCCCCUGCCCCCCCAGAGGAAUGCCAAUUAAGUUGCUGUAACUGUGUCAUCAGAUUAUUGUAGUACCUCAGUUUCAUUCCUGUUACAUGCAUAUCUUUAUAAAUGAAGUAGCUGUUACGAUGCCUUUUGUUUUCCAUUGAAUGUACACUACUGAACAGGAGUAGAAGUUAACCUGUUUACCAUGUGAGUCUUGAAACACUAAAGUUUUGUAAAGCAUCGGUCAUGGUGGCAAUUUCUGUACUGAAAAGAGCCUUAAAUGGAACAUUGUUUUGUUUUUUUUUUUGAGAUCAAAAACUGGCCACGUUGCAAUAAAACUUGUGGCUUAUUACAGAAUGUUGCCUUGUUUUCAUUGGAUAAUACAAUUUUUAAGUUGUUUAAGCAUAUUUCAAAUAACUUCUGUGGAAAGUAUUGUAAAGAUAAGCAAUCAUUAACCUUGUGUGAAAUAAUGCAAGUGGGAUUUCUUUUUUUUCCAUUCCUAAUCACGAUUUAGGCACUGCUUUACAAUACUUUGUGGCUCUGUUCUGAUGAUUCGCUGAAGGACGUAAUCCUAGUUCACUGUCCAAGUAAAGAAGCUACCACUACUAGAGACCAUUAGUUUUCAUGAAACACUUUUGUCAGAAAUGCAAAAAUAUGAAGUAAUUAACCACGCAGUGUUUCCUGCCUGAAUGCUCUUAAAGUUCUACAUGUCAGAGUAAAACCUUGCACAAAAUCUUAACAGCUUGCUGCCUUUUUUCAGUAAGGUGGUGUGUACUGACAGUUAUGUGCCGAAUAUGAAGCUGGGAAAUAAUUUUUGUUGAGUGUGAGGCAGUUACGAUGAACUUGGUGCAAGAAAUAGCCCAAGUGAACUGUUCUGCUUGUGAGCUUCUGUGUAAAUAGAACUGGAAAGUGUUUGCCACUACCGAGGCUUGCAUUGGGGACAUGUUUUGGCUGGGAGCCAAAUAAUGCUCUCCUUAUAGAGAAUUUGAUCUGCUCUGUGUGAGCAAUCCUCCGUUAGCCAGAGCUAUUUAUGGCAAACACAUGCUUUUGUAUCUUGUCAUCGUUAUCCACAAAUGGCAAAACUGGACAUGAUUCUCCUGGUAUGCAUAAAGGAGCGCUGUUCGGCAGCCGCUCACAGCUGAACUGUGCAUGCUGCUAGAAGGAAUGCUCUUCACCUUAUUUCAGAAAGUCGGUAGGGUAGAGCUGUGGAGCUUUUUAAGUACAGGCCUUGUAUGUGCAGUCCAUAGCCCUUUUGCAGUGGGGAAGCAGACAGUAAUCAAAUUUGUUUUCAUCCUUUAUUUUUUCUUUUAAAUAGUUUAAGUAACCUACUGGGUACUGUGUUUAGACUCUCUUGUCCUGUAGAACUUUAAGACUUUUGUUUCAGGCUUCUGGCUAUCCCUAUGACUUGCACACCUCAUUGUGUUAGCUGUUCUAUGUAGACUAAACUUUACUAGAAUUUAACUAAAUGGCAUGAUGACCACUGACUUACUACGUGUGUUAACAAGUCUUGGUUUUGUUCUACAAAACUCUCCUUUCAGGUACCUUUUAAGGUUGAGAAUUAACUGAUGGUAUGCAUGUUGUCUAGAUAAAAUGCAAAACAACCCAAACGUUAUCUUUCUGUUCCUCAAAAUAGUCUCUUUCUGAUUAUUCACGUUGUGUGCAAAGCCCAGUUUAAUGUAAAGAUCUACUUUGUGCUUUAUGUUUGACUUGAGUUCAGUACAGUAUAAUGCAAUGAUCUUUUAACUGAUCUUUUUCACAAGGUAUAAAUGGUUUCUUUAGAAAAUGCCAAAACUGAAAAUGUUUAAAUUUUAAUAAACCAUUUGAAUUUCAUUGUAGACAGCAAACUUUUUUUUAAAAGCAGUAUUAUGUUUAAAAUUGUUUUUGUCUUUGCUGCAAACAGUCUGGAAAGAUGUCUGUGGCUUCGAAGUUGAAUAUUAAAUGUCACUCUUUUUUGUUUGUUUGUUUUGUUUUGCUUUUUGGGUUUGUUUGUUGUUUUUUGUUUUUGAAUUAGCUUAGGUGUAUCUUCACUCAGUCCAAGUAGAUAUAAAAAUGUAAGCACAAACUGUAAGAUUCUUAACCAAAACAAGUUCUGGAUCCAAAAGGAUCAGCCUGCCUUCAGUUUGUUCUUCAAAUGACUGACUGAUGUGAGGUCCAAUUCAGAUGGCUUGCUUUAAAAUUAAAAAGGAAAAUGAAUUUUAAAAAUAAAAAAAAGCAAACAAAAAGGAAAAAAAAAAACCACCCUGAACAAAACCCAAUACAAUAAAGUGCUACAGAACUGUUACUGUUUGAAUUAUUAAAUGAAUGAGAGACAGCUGGCAUCUGUUCCAGAAUGGUUUGUCAGCUGUUGUUUUCUGUCAUGCAAAGUGGUGAGGGCCUCAUUGUGAUCGAGAAGGGGAGGAAAAUCCUCUCGAGUUGAGUAUCUUCUGUGUAACUCCACGUAGACGUGACUUUUUGGGGUCUCUUGGUUUCAGUUAUUGAUCAAGAAAUGUUAAAUAAAACUUCCAUGAGAGUAGCCUGUGCAGAAAUGGCAUUUUUCUUCUAAAAACAGUGCUUUAAAACCAGCAGUUACGUUGUUUGAUUUGGUAAAUCCUGGAAGAGGUAUAGAUGUGCAGGUUCGAUUUCUCUGAAAAGGGAAAUCAAGUCCAAGAGUGGGGGUGAGCAGGUGAUGUUUGUGGCAAUUUUUAGGCAUGCAAAGCUUAAAUUUAUGUAGACUUGAGUGUUACAAACACUCCUGGUCAGAUCAUUAAAUGAAUUUUUUUGUAUGUUAAGUUAAAACCCAGAGUGUUUGAAGUGGAAGCUGACUCUUUGUACCAUUCCCUCCAAACAAGAGGUGGAACACAGCAAUUGCCACAACUUGAUAAUAAGCUUUACUCUCUUAUGCCAAUUCCAGUAUAAACCAAAUUUUCAUGUCUGCCUAUUUUUUAUGAACUUAAAUGUUAAGUUCCCUUUUAGUUUGUGGUGGUGAGUUAACGACUGUAGAGUGAAAAACACGGCACUGAUGGUGGAUGAAAGAACAUCAAAUGUAGCACCUGUCUAUAAGUACUGAAUUUCUUUGAAAUAUUUCCAAUUUUGAAAACCUGGUAUAAAUAAAAUUAAUUUAAAUGUC